AUGACCGCAACCCCAUCACCAGGAACACCAUCGCCCACAAGUCGAGGAAACAUGGGAUGCCAGCCUGUUCCUGCACAUGUUCAAGACCCUUCCUUCUUUGAAGAGGCCAUAGGUAGUUCUCACCCACAAGAACUGGCACUCAGCUUCCUGCAAGCGCCAUUCCAGUAUAAUCUGGCAUCCAAUACUCAUAGUGGCCCUCCUCCUUUUUUGGCUACAUUACCAAGUAGCGAGGUCGAGCAAAGGCCUGUCCGCCGGGCUCGAAACCGAAAACAUUCCCAGUUAAGCAUCAUCACCCCUAAAGAAGAUAGUAGCACAGUAGCUGUGCCCAGUUCCCCAAAGCAGAAGAAGCGAGGCCGCAAGCCUAAAGGAGGAGCAAAGGAGUUGGGGAAGUUUCAUCAGGAGAUUGAGCUUGAUGAGGACGACCUUCCCAAGGACCCUCGACGUCGACGCAUUCUUGAACGCAACAGGAUAGCAGCGACCAAGUGUCGUCUUCGUAAACGAGACGAAGCAUCUGCCCUUGCAUCCCAGGAACAAGCCAUGGAAGACCAGAACAGAUAUCUUUCCUCCUGCUUCGACUCAUUGACAGCUGAGAUAUAUCAUCUGAAAACGCAACUGUUGCAACACACAGACUGCAACUGUAUACUGAUUCAGAAAUAUAUCGCCAAUGAAGCCAAGAAGACAGUUGAUGGACUGCUUUCUUGCUCACCAGCCUUCCAGCCCGACAAUGACCCCAUGAGCCCAUAUCGUCGAGGUUCAUGCAAUAGCGGCACCAGUCCCACGGAAUCUCUAGGUGUGCCAACUCCAGAGUUUGAGGGAGUCUCACCAGCGUGGUCACAGCCUUUCCAGACAGGCCAUGCUUCGUCAUCAGAGGUUGGGGAGGAAAUCUUCGAGAUGCCAAUGAACCCUUACAGCAAAGGGUCAAUGCAGAUGCAGAGUCAACCGCUCAACAGCAUGGCACCACUGCAUCAUCCCGAAUCCGAGGUAUAUGCCGGCAUGGGGCCUCCACCCCACCCCGUUGAUGGUAUCAGUUGGAAUCCUUCAUGGGGAUUUUAG